CAACCAAGUUGAUUUAGAUCUAGUAAAGCCCGUAAAGGAAGCGACAUAAGGACAUUGUUGUUGUUUUUUGGCAAAGUAAAAUUUGACAAUCUCAUUUUCGGAUUAAUAAUGUAGACAUAAUCUAGUCUACAUCUAUUUGUUGAUUAGGAUUGUUUGACUAACAGAAAUAUUUUUUCUACAUUCUAAAGACCAAGAAAUGGAUGCAAGAUGGGGUAGAACUUCUCCCAUUGCUAUGGCAACAGGAGAUUCUGGACCCUCAUUAAUGGUGAUAGGAAACAGACCUUUAGUCAACAUUUUCAAUGCACAAACUGAUGACUAUGAUGGUCUAGUGAUCAGUAAAUCUAGGACUAGCAAUAGUCACCUGGAAUACUUUCACUCCAAAGUGUCCAAAGGAAAUGCCUUUAAUAUUUCAGACAAACUUCAAGGUCAAGACAUUGACAGGAAACGAAUGAUUAAGAUAUGUCCAGAAGAAGACAAAAUGAUAGAAUCAGAACGUUGGUUCCAACCAGUACAAGUUCAACAACAACCUGAACUGAAUCAGCAUUUUGAUUUAGGGGAAAAACUCUUGAGUAAGACACAAGUCAAGAAGAAAGAGAUACUUCUACCAGAAAGCAGAGAUCUAUCCCACAAAGCAGCUCAGAAGCGCUGUGCCUCAGAAGACCAGUGGAAAGAGGAAAUGUUUGAAGGAAUACAGACAAUCAAUUUGAGGCAGACAGAUAGGGAGCAAGCCCAUGAACUGAUAGAAAGCAUCAACCUGAAGCAACAAACUGAAGCUAAAUGUAUUAGCUUUGACCAACAAAAAUUCUCCACCUUUGAAAAUCUGAUUGAAGAAAAAGAAGCUAAAAACUCUGGUAGUUUUGGAGAAGUUUGUAAAGUAAAAGACUCAUUAACAUGCAGCAGUCUGAUCAGGAAAAAGAUAAAAGACAAAAUAGAAGCCAAUGAGGUUGAAGUUCCAAUCCAGUUCUUACACAAACCCAAUCUGUGUGCAGUACUAGGACUGUACUUUGAUUGUAAAGACACCUAUGUCAUUCAGGAAGAUGCAGGUUAUUCACUUCGCCAGCUUGGCAGCAAUUUAGAUUUUCGAAAGAAACUUCUACAACAACCAGACAUGACAGUGAAAAUAGUGUUUGACAUUUUUCAAGGUCUGGCCAUCCUUGAGACUCACAACAUUGUCCACUGUGAUAUCAAACCUGAGAAUGUUUGUCUCAAGUUUAACUCUGAUGGAUCCCAUACAGCUAAGAUCAUUGACUUUGGAUCCUGUAAAACACCAAAAGAUAAAAUGAACUACAUAGGACUUACUCCAGAAUAUCUACCACCAUCUAUAAAUCAGUUCCUUUGUUUGGCUAUGCAGAAAAAGCUGACCCAGUCCACAGUACAUCCCCGACUGACUGUGAAAGAUGAUGUCUGGGGAGCAGGGAUGGUGACGUUGUACAUUGAGAAGGGAGAGCAUCCUGUUAUCAAACACUUCACUGGCCAGCAAGACUAUCCCAGAGACCAGAAGGGCAUGACACUCAGAGUGGAAGUGAUGAAAAAGACUGCUGAGCUGCGUAAUCCUCUACCUACGUAUUUCAACACAAAUAAACCUGUUCUGGAUUAUUUGCUAGCCAAUGUCUUGUCAGUGGACCCAAAUCUAAGGUGGACAUCUUCUGCAGCUGUCACAUUCUUAAAAGCCAAACUAAACCCUGAACCCAAGUUGAAAAGACAAAAACAAGAAGUGCUGAAUCAGCCCAAAUUUGAACACAAUCUUAUUAAGAGAGACAACUCCAUUGAGGAUGUUGACCUGAAAGCUUGUAAAGGUGUUCAUCUCCCUUUCUCAGCCAGCUCUCCAAGGGAAGAGGAACUUUUGUUUGGGAACACAUUUGGAGCAGCUUUCAGGCUGAAACAAGAAUUUCAGAGCACCCCUGCACACCAGAGUAAUGUGCAAAAGAGACAAUAUGAUCCUGACAUGACCCAGAAUGUAUUGGCUCCACAGCCCUUGUUCCAUCAAGCUUCAACCCAUAACCUUACUUCCAAGUCAUUUCCUCAGAGAAAACAGCCUUUUAUUGAAACCAAUCCAUUUCAGCAGGUUACUUUCUUCCCUAUGUCACAGAAACAAGUUUCCAACCCUCAGAAAAUGUUAGCAAGUACAUUUCAUCCAGUUUGUCCUCAGUCAAGGAAACAAGUGUUAUCAGCUGAAGAGGACAUGGAAUAUGAAGAUCUGGUCCAAUCUUUUUUCAAUUCUGAUGACCAAGUCAUUGACAGAAAACAGCCUCACUCAUAUAGAGUUUCUCAUGUCCUUGGAGGAGCAACUUUUCAGAAGCUAGAAACUCCAGCCUUGGGAGUGGCUGAGCAGAAGCUAGAAACUCCAGCAGUGGCUGAGCAGAACAACUUUCUAACAGAACUAGGGAACAUCCCUGACAUGGUAGCCUUGCUGGAGGAAGAGGGGGGGAGAAUCAAAAUCAAAGGCAGACGUCGCAGCAACAAGAAAGAGUAAACUAUAGUUAAAUCAGCAACUUGACAUCUGCAACAUAACAUCUGCAUAUUUAACUUGACAUCUGCAACUUGAAUUUCCUCAAAUGCAAAUCAUGUUUGGUUUUAUUGAUUUGAUUUUAAAGUUAAUAUCAGAUAAAAUUUGAACUAAAAUUGUGUACAGUUUCAACAAAAUUAUCAUACACAACAAUUAUUUCUUUUUGGAUUUGGUUAGACAUGAAAAGAGUGACUCAAAGAUUUCUUUUUGAUUCAUUACUAUGACGUGACUGAACAUUAGAAGAAGACCUUUGAAAUGAUUGAACAUUAGAAGAAGACCUUUGAAAUGAUUGAACAUUAGAAGAAGACCUUUGAAAUGAUUGAACAUUAGAAGAAGACCUUUGAAAUGAUUGAACAUUAGAAGAAGACCUUUGAAAUGACUGAACAUUAGAAGAAGACCUAUGAAAUGACUGAACAUUAGAAGAAGACCUUUAAAAUGACUGAACAUUAGAAGAAGACCUUUAACUAUCAAGUUAGAAAAAACAUUUGUUCUGAAAGAGAACACACACUAACAAGAAAAAACAUUUUAUAUACUUUUUAAAAUAAAAAACAAAGCUUAGAAUUAAGUGUAAUUUUAUCAAUUAGUUUGAAUCAGUCAUGUCAUUAAAGUUGUAAUAGAUUUGGACUAAGGAAAAUAAAUCUGUGUGAUUACAAAUAUUUUUACCAAUUGUUGUUUUGCGCAAUCUCAUGCUAUUAGCUUUCUUAAUAUGCGCUAUAAUACUAUCGCUUAUCUGGACCAGUAGGAAAAGGAGGGGUGGGGAAGAAAGAAGGGGGGAAUCUGUGUGAAUGUUACUGUAAUCGCUUUUUAAUGCAUUUUUAUUUUUUUAAAUAGCUGUACGAUUUGAAUUCAGAUUCGAAGGCUUAAACCAAUACACUAACCACUGUGCCAGCAAAGUGAUUAUGAAAAUAGGUUUUAUAGUUAUCUAUUGUUAGUUUUAAACUUUUAAGUGAUGACCUAAUUCUCUACACAAAUUAUAAUGUUGACUAAUUCCACUUUUACCACUACAUCUGUCAAGCACAAUUUCUUUUCCUUCAUCGAUACCAAACAAAAUUAUCAUCUCUUGUACUAUUUGUGUGUUAUCCCUUGUACUAUUUGUGUGUUAUCCCUUGUACUACUGCUUUUUUUUUUAAAGUAUCAUCUAGCAUUUCUAUUCUAUGAUUAAUUAGAUGGGACUUCUCAAUGUAGGUCCUAGUAGUGCACACACUUUAUUCACUGGUCAUAUUAUAAUACUUAAGAACUUUUUUUUUCACUACUGAGCCUUAAGUUCAUUGAUUUAUUGGUAUCUUUUGUAGUUUCUUUCAGCCACUUGUCCAACUACUUAGAUUCUGAGAGAGAGUUUGUAAAACAGGUUUUCUUUCAUUAGAUCAGCCUUCCCAUUCUCUUUUUUGUUUUGUUAGUUUACCAUCCCAAUGUGUCUAUACCAUCCCAAUGUGUCUAUACCAUCCCAAUGUGUCUAUACCAUCCCAAUGUGUCUAUUUGUUGGUAUAUCAUCCCAAUGUGUCUAUACCAUCCCAAUGUGUCUAUACCAUCCCAAUGUGUCUAUUUGUUGGUAUAUCAUCCCAAUGUGUCUAUUUGUUGGUAUAUCAUCCCAAUGUGUCUAUACCAUCCCAAUGUGUCUAUUUGUUGGUAUAUCAUCCCAAUGUGUCUAUUUGUUGGUAUAUCAUCCCAGUGUGUCUAUUUGUUUGUAUGUCAUCCCAAUGUGUCUAUUUGUUAGUAUAUCAUCCCAGUGUGUCUAUUUGUUGGUAUAUCAUCCCAGUGUGUCUAUUUGUUAGUAUAUCAUCCCAAUGUGUCUAUUUGUUGGUAUGUCAUCCCAAUGUGUCUAUUUGUUAGUAUGUCAUCCCAAUGUGUCUAUUUGUUAGAAUGUCAUCCCAAUGUGUCUAUUUCUUACUAUAUCAUCCCAAUGUGUCUAUUUGUUAGUAUGUCAUCCCAAUGUGUCUAUUUGUUAGUAUAUUGUCCCAAUGUGUCUAUUUGUUGGUAUAUCAUCCCAAUGUGUCUAUUUGUUAGUAUGUCAUCCCAAUGUGUCUAUUUGUUAGUAUAUUGUCCCAAUGUUUCUAUAUCAUCCUAAUGUGUCUAUUUGUUAGUUUUUGUUAUUGUUAUUUGUUAGUCCCACGUCAACUGGGUCAAUCAACUGUUAGUCUCAAGUCAACUGGGUCAAUUAAGUGUUAGUCACAGGCCAACUGGGUGAAUCAAAGGUUAGUCCCAGGUAAACUGAGUCAUUUGUUAUAAAAAAAAUAACUAGGUGUUGUAUUAAAAAUCUGUACAUUACCUAAAACAUUAAUGAAACUUGUAGAGCAACUUUGCAAUGUAAUUAGUUUCUUAUAAAUUAAAAAAAGCCAUAUUCCACUCUGGAAGUUUUAUUGUUUGAAUCAUUGUUUCUCUAUUUGCCUGUUUUGACUUUUUCAAAUAAAUAAAUAUUUUCUUUA